AGUUCCUCGCACGGUCCCACUAAUAAGAACGCAACAAAAGGAAAAUCCUACGAAAUUUCCAAGAAAACCCAGAUUUUCCAGUCCGAUCGGGCGAAUAUUUUGAUGCCAACUACUUGAAAACACCAAGGAACCCGCAAUGGAGUCAUCCACUGCUAAGAUCACGCCCCUGACCACAUCCACGUCCACUUCCGGAGGCACCAGCUCCGCCUCCAGUGACAAAGUGAACUACGCACUGCAAGUGGCGCUGCAGACGAUCAAGGAGCGGUGCAUCCAGCUGCAGCGCCGCGUGGCGAGCUUGGAGGAGGAGAACCAGAGGCUUAGGUCAGAAGGGGCUCCUUCUGCAUCGGUUAACGGAAUCGGGGUCACCGGAGAUGUGCUCUCCCUUAAAACACAAGUAUCCGAACUGCAGCGACAAAAGGAGCAGCUGGAGGAGCACAUAAGCAUGGUGUCCAACGAGAACCGACGCCUCUGGUCGCGUCUCUCGCAGAUUUCGAAGGACCAGCAUCUCAACCAGGUGCCCAGCUCCCCGCAGAACCAGCAGAACCUGGUGCGCUCCAAGACCUUCACACAGCACUCGCCCAAUCCUCACCUGCGCCAGAAGCUGCUCUCCGACGGCCUCAAAGAUCUCAGCCUGGAGGAGAUAGCCCUGGAUGAUUUCGGUGCGAGCAGCGAGGAGCUGGGCUAUCCCUACAACCUGCAAAAGGUGGAGGAAGCGACUGCCAGCGAGCCAGAUGCCAAUGUGGAUGCCAAAAGAUGCAUGGAUGGACUGCAGGAGAUGCGGCGCGAGGCCAUGAAGCAGCAGCAGGAGCUCAGUUCGGCUCUGACUUUGCUAGAAAGUCGCAUAGCUCUGAAACCCUGUCCGGAAUGCGCCCAGAAAACCGCCAAGAAGCCAGAGAUGGCCGACAAAAGUCUGGAAACGGACGACAGCCUGACCAGCGAACUGAAAGCCUAUGAGGGCCAGCACAAUGGACAACACAACGGAACGCCGCCCAGCCAGAGGAUUAAUAUCAUACAAGAGAAAAUCAAGGCCGAUGCCGCGGAUGCCAUGGAAAAGACCUGUCCCAUGUGCGGCAAACAGUACUCCAGCCAGGUGUCCUUCAAUGCGUUCCGCGAGCACGUGGAGAUGCACUUCAUCGACGAUGCCCUCGACUUGGAGACGGAUAGCAGCAUGGAGCGACAGUUCGAGUUCGUCUCGCAUGCGGUGGGCGACUUCUGACCCAGCAGGCGCAUAUACUUCGCCACCGAGCUCUGACCUAGGGUGAAAAGCAAGGAUUAACAGGCAGUUUGACUGCAGAGACCCACAAACCGCGU